GCUAAGCCAGCUCUUUGCCAAGGACUUGUCGGCACUAGGGCUUUCCUACCAAACAAGCUUGGAUUCUUACCAAUUUUCUCCUAAAAACAACCUUCCAAGAAGCCCUUAUCAACACAAAUUAGAACUACAAGGUCUUGUUUUUCGUGUUGGUGGGUCAAAUCGCGUUUAAACGCGUCUAAAAAGCCAUGGAGAACGAAAUGAAAUACUUGGUCGUUGACCGUGCGGCCAUCUCGGAUCCCGUAGCUCUUGCAGAAUGGAGUUCUAAAAAACUUGUGUGGAUUCCCGACGACAAAGAGGGAUUUUUACCUGCUAGUAUUAAGGAGGAGAAAGGGGAAGAGUAUGUUGUGGCGUUAGAUGGAGGGAAGAGAAGAAAUGUGAAUAAAGAUGACAUUCAGAGGAUGAACCCACCCAAGUUCGAAAAAGUUGAAGACAUGGCUGAUCUGACUUGUUUGAACGAAGCCAGCGUCUUACACAACCUUAAAGAUCGUUAUUACAGUGGCUUGAUCUAUACCUAUUCAGGGUUGUUCUGUGUGGUGGUGAAUCCCUACAAGCGUUUACCGAUUUAUACAGACAAGGUUAUUGAUAUGUACCGUGGAAAGAAAAGGCACGAAGUACCACCACAUAUCUACGCCAUUACUGAUACAGCUUACAGGAGCAUGUUGCAAGAUCGAGAAAAUCAGUCCAUUUUGUGCACGGGAGAGUCUGGAGCAGGUAAAACAGAGAACACCAAGAAAGUUAUUCAGUACCUUGCUGCUGUUGCUGGGCAUUCUUAUGCGAAACUUCAUCAAACUCCACAGAAAGAUGGACAUGUUGAACUAGAGAGACAGCUUCUAGCUGCUAACCCUAUCCUAGAAGCCUUCGGUAAUGCAAAGACUAUCAAGAACGACAACUCUUCUCGUUUUGGUAAAUUUAUCAGGAUCAACUUUGAUGCUUCAGGAUUCAUAUCUGGGGCAAAUAUAGAAACUUAUUUGUUAGAGAAGUCACGUGCCAUUCGGCAAAGCAAAGAUGAGAGAACAUUCCACAUAUUUUACCAAAUGUUAGAAGGGUUGGAUUCUAAAACUAAAAGUGAGCUGCUUUUAGGUAAGCCAACAGAAUACAGGUUUUUGAGCAAUGGCGCUGUUCCUGUCCCUAGCAUCGAUGACAAGGCAGAGCUGCAGGAUUCCAUUAGUUGUCUCAAGGAUAUGAACCUACAUGACGAUGAUGUCAAAGCUUUAUUCAAAGUUGUAUCAGCUGUGCUACAGUUUGGAAACUUGGUUUUCAAACAAGAAAGAAACUCAGACCAGGCUAUUCUACCCAACAAUGAAGUUGCACAAAAGAUUUGCCAUCUUUUAAGCAUGCCAGUGACAGAAUUCACUCGCGCCAUUCUGAGGCCAAGAGUAAAGGUUGGAAGAGACUAUGUCCAGAAAGCUGUUACCAAGGACCAGGCUGAGUCAUCAACAGAAGCCAUAGCUAAAGCCCUUUAUGAACGUAUGUUCAAAUGGGUGGUAGGCAAGAUUAACAAGUCCCUUGACCGUACUAAGAGAGAGGGUGCUUCCUUUAUUGGUAUCCUCGACAUUGCUGGAUUUGAAAUCUUUGAGUUGAACUCCUUUGAACAACUGUGCAUCAACUUUACAAAUGAGAAGCUACAGCAACUGUUCAACCACACCAUGUUCAUCCUUGAACAGGAGGAGUACAGAAAAGAAGGCAUAGAUUGGAAGUUCAUUGACUUUGGUCUGGAUUUGCAGCCUUGCAUUGACUUGCUUCAAAUGCCAAUGGGUAUCUUUGCCCUCUGUGACGAAGAAUGUUGGUUCCCCAAAGCAUCUGACAAAUCUCUUGUGGAAAAGCUGAUCAAAGAACACAGCAAGAAAGAGAAGUUCCAGAUUCCAGAAUUCCGUUCUAAGGCUCAUUUCUCAGUUAUUCACUAUGCUGGAAGGGUUGACUACAACUGCGAUGGAUGGUUGCUAAAGAAUCAGGAUCCACUGAACGACAACAUCACGGCUCUCAUGCAGGGUUCUAGUGACUCGUUUGUGGCAGGAUUGUGGAAAGACGCAGAGUUCGUUAGCACAUUUGCCGCACAAGCAGAAACCCCAUUCGGCAGCAAGGUCCGAAAAGGAAUGUUCCGUACAGUCAGUCAGGUGUACAGGGAUCAGUUAACCAGAUUAAUGAAUGUGUUGAACAACACCAAUCCAAACUUUGUACGAUGUAUUAUCCCCAACCACGAGAAGAAGGCUGGAAAAAUCAACUCAAACCUGGUUCUUGAUCAGCUGAGAUGUAACGGUGUACUUGAAGGAAUCAGGAUCUGCAGACAGGGAUUUCCUAACAGAAUGCUCUUCCAGGAAUUCAAACAAAGAUACGAGCUGCUUACUCCAGGUGUAAUUGCCAAAGGAUUCAUGGACGGACGUAAAGCCUGUGAAAAAAUGCUGAAGUUCUUAGAAAUGGAUAACAAUUCCUACCGUAUUGGCCAGUCCAAAGUGUUUUUCCGAGCAGGUGUACUUGCUCACCUAGAAGAAGAAAGAGAUAUCAAGCUGACUGAAAUCAUCACCAUAUUCCAGGCAUUCUGCCGUGGUAACAUUGCCAGGAAGCAAUACCACAGGCGCGUGCAACAGCUGAGCGCUAUUCGUGUCAUCCAGAGAAACUGCUUAAGUUAUCUCAAAUUACGAAACUGGCAAUGGUGGAGACUGUUCACUAAAGUGAAACCGUUACUGAACGUCACAAGGCAGGAGGAGGAGCUUACUCACAAAUCAGAUGAACUGCGACAGGUCAAGGAGAAGGUUGAGAAGUUUGAAACAGAGUACACUGAUUUGGAAAAGAAGCACAACCAGUUAGCAGAAGAGAAAGCAAUUGUCGUGGAACAGUUGGAAGCAGAGAGAGAGGCGUUCUUAGAAGCUGAUGAAAUGCGACAGAGAUUACAGACCAAGAAGACUGAACUGGAAGAGCUUUUGAAUGACCUUGAGGGACGAAUUGCUGAAGAAGAAGAACAAGUUAAUGUUCUUUCAGAGGACAAGAAGAAGCUUUUGAAAGAGAUAAACGAUCUUGAGGACAGUUGAACAAAGAGAAGAAAUCAUUAGAAGAGAAGUUAAAUGAAACUGCACAGUCCUUGGUCGAUGAAGAAGAAAAGGCAAAAGGCUUAUCCAAACAGAAGGCUAAACAAGAUGCAGUUAUUGCUGACCUGGAGGAAAGACUACGAAAUGAAGAACGGGCUCGCCAAGAACUCGAAAAGAUUCGUCGUAAAUUAGAAGCUGAAUUGGCUGAAGUGUCACGUCAGUUGGAAGAAGCCAAACAACAGAUUCAAGAACUGGAAGCAUCUGUUCAUAAAAAGGAUAUGGAGCUGAAUGAAAUGAGUGCCAGGUUUGAUGAGGAGUCUGCCAAGAAAGUAGAGCUUGAGAAAAACAAACGAGAACUCGAAACGCAGGUUGAAGAGCUGAAAGAAGAUCUGGACGUGGAAAAGAGUGCUAGAGUCAAAGCUGAGAGGCAAAAGCGAGAACUCAGUGAGGAAUUGGAAUCACUGAAGUCUGAACUGGAAGAGUCGAUUGACACCACAGCUGCUGCUACCGACAUGAGACAGAAGAGAGAACAAGAGGUGAUAUCAUUGAAGAAGAGUGUAGAAGAAGAAGCUUCUGCCCAUGAAGCCGCCAUGGCUCAGCUGAAACACAAGAGUGCUCAACAUAUAGAAGAGAUCCAGGAGAAACUAGAUGCUACCUUGAAGGCCAAAGCAUCGCUGGAAAAGUCGAAGAACAACCUAUCAAACCAAACCUCCGAAAUGGCCGUCGAAAUCAAAAAUCUGAGCGAGAAGAAACAAGAGCAAGAACGCAAGAUUAAGCUACUCGAAAAUCAGCUGACAGAUGCCAAUAUACGACUAACUGAUGAUGAAUCUAAAGUAUCCGAGCUGCAGGCGGUCCGUGUUCAAUUACAGAAGGAGGUUGAAGCAUCAACGGCACAAAUGGAAGAGCUGGAGUCAAGGUGUAGUUCUUUAGAGAGAAAUAAGAAAACUCUGGAAGAACAGCUAGCCGAGACUCAGGAUUCGUUACAAGAAGAGACCCACCAGAAACUGGCCAUCAGUUCGAAAUUAAAAGAGACUGAAGCAGAGAUAAAUCGUUUAACCGAACAACUCGAAGAAGAAGAAGAUGCUAGGCAAGCUUUGCAGAAACAAAUGCAGGGCGUCCAGGCACAACUCGUGGAUGCCAAGAAGCUCUGUGAAGAAAGAGCUGCGGCUCUUGAAGACGCCGAUGUUGUGAAGAAGAAGAUGUUACGAGAAAUGGAGACGAUGCAGCAGCAUUCAGAUGCACUGCAAGCUGAGAACAGUAAGCUUGAGAAGGCUAAGAAGAGACUUCAGAAUGAGGUUGAAGACUUGCAGCUUAACCUGGACAAAGAGAAAAGCAAUGUUGCUAGUCUCGAGAAGAGGCAAAGAAAGUUUGAUCAGCUUCUUGCUGAGGAGAAAGCAGUAUCUGAACGCUACAGCCUUGAGCGUGAUAAUGCCGAGAGAGAAGCACGCCAAAACGAAACCAAAGUCAUCUCUCUCACUCACCAACUGGAAGAAGUCCAAGACAAGCUCGCUGACAGUGAACGACUCCGUAAAAACGCGCAGAACGAGCUGGAAGCCAUGAUGGAGAGCAAAGAUGAUUUUGGUAAGAAUGUACACGAGUUGGAAAAAGCCAAGCGCUCGCUUGAACAACAGUUGGCAGAGUUGAAGCAGUCGUAUGAAGAACUGGAGGAUGAGUUGCAGGCUACGGAAGAUGCUAAGCUAAGGAAUGACGUCAAUAUGCAGGCAUUGAAGACCCAGUUUGACAGAGAACUACAAGCCAGGGAUGAACAGAAUGAGGAGAAGAGAAAAGGACUUCUUAAACAGCUGCGAGAGCUAGAAUCAGAACUGGAUGAGGAAAGAAAGCUGCGUGUGAAUGCCGUCAAUGCCAAAAAGAAGCAAGAGAUGGACAUGAGGGACCUGGAAGACCAACUUGAAGCAGCCAAUAAGGUUAAAGAAGAUGGGUUACGUCAGCUGAAGAAAUACCAGCAACAGUUGAAGGACAUCCAGAGGGACUUGGAUGAUGCUCGUCAUGGACGUGAUGAAAUUGCUGACCAGGCAAAGGAGAAUGAACGAAAGCUGAAGCAGUUGGAAGCCGAAUUCUUACAAAUGCAAGAGGAUCUUGCAUCGGCUGAACGAGCAAGGAAGACAGUUGAGCGCGAGAGAGACGAGCUGCAGGAAGAACUGUCUGCGAUUUCUGGGCUGAGGGGCGUCUCGGCUGACGAGAAACGAAAACUAGAGGCUCGAAUCUCUGCUUUGGAAGAAGAAGUAGACGAAGAGCGAACACAGAGUGAAUUGAACAUAGAGAAAUCAAAGCGAGCCAUGAUGCAGAUGGAACAGUUGCAAGCUGAUCUAAACGCUGAGAGAACUCAGUCCCAAAACCUGGAGAGUGCCAAGUUAUCUCUUGAGAAACAAAAUAAGGACCUGAAGGCUAAGCUUCACGAACUGGAAACUCUGUCACGCACGCGGCAUAAGAUGGCUGUGGCAUCCUUGGAGAGUAAACUGGCGACUCUUAACGAACAGCUAGAAAACGAAGCCAAGGAGCGUGCUUUGUUGGGCAAAGCUAACCGUAAGAUGGACAGAAAACUCAAAGAGUUGAUGCUACAGAACGAAGAAGAGCGACGACAUGCCGAUCAAUAUCGCGAACAAAUGGACAAACUGAAUGUUCGUAUGAAGGCCUUGAAGCGUCAAGUCGAUGAGGCUGAAGAGGAAUCCAGUCGUAUGAAUUCGUCUAAGCGUAAGAUCCAACGCGAGUUAGAUGACGCCCUUGAAGCCAAUGAGGAACUACAACGAGAGGUGACCUCGCUCAGGAACCGACUAAGGGGUCGCGGUGGUGGUGGUGGUGUUAGCAGUCGCAGCGGGUAUACAACUCCUCCCGAUUCCAGGCGCAAACGUGAAAGGGCAACGGUUGAACCCAUGGAAGGAGAAGCUUCCGCCGACGUCCAAGAAGAGGACUAAAUUUCUUAGCCUGUUUUAUAGUAGUCGGUAUUCUACUCAAUAGAAAACAAAAGUUACCCCUGUUGAAGUAUUUAAGGAGGCCGCACCCCAACUGCAAUAUCUGUAUGUUUCCUUUUUUCUCUUGCGUUCUUUUCAAAAUACUGGAGUUUAAUCUUAAACUAGGGUGUCCCACAUGAUCGCUCUUUGGUCCCUUGAUUUUGAAAAAAUUCUAAUUACCUUGAAUGGACGCCUGUACUUGGGAUAUUUAAUGAGUCUGGUAUUAACACUCAUGUUAAAUCAUUUUUCACUGCUAAGUUGAUAAAAACCCAGUGUUCUUAUGCAAUGUUACCGAGAAAAAUAUACCACGAAAGAAAAAAACAGCAACUUAUGAUCCUGAUUAAGAGAAACAAAUGUAAUCGUCGAUUUAUACUACGUAGUAGAUGCUUAGUUUUUUUGAUAUUGGUAAUAUUCUAUUAUUAAUUACUAUUAAUAUUAAGUAAUAAUUAACAUGUAGGACUUUUAUAAUUUGAAGUAUUUCGCUUAUGGAUUUUGUAAUUUAGUCCAUUUGGAAACUGGAAUUUUAUUAAAAGGAUAAUGAUUUGUGCAGGUCUAGAUAAGGAAAUGUCUGAACCCCAUAAAACGGCUAAAAAUAAACCUAAAAGUUGCCAAUAAUAAAGUUAAAUCUAGUUUGAUAACUAAGAGUUAAAGAAAACGAGCAACAAGCUCAAACAAAGUCGUGUAAUUUCUAUUUUAUAAACGUGAAGUUAGUAAAUUAAAAGAGAUUUUUGCUGA